AUGGCAUUUCGAGACGAAGUAUCGAACUCCACUAAAUCGAAAGAAUCGAAAACAAAUUCAGGAUUGUUCCAAUACUGGACCCGAUCUGUGCCAAGUCAACCACCGCCAGACGGUGGACUUACUGCUUGGCUUCAAGUUCUUGCGUCCUUUCUUAUCAAUCUCAACAACUUUGGCCUCGCCAACAGCUUCGGGGUAUUCCAGACAUAUUAUGAGAGCAAUCUUCUGCGACAAUAUAGUUCAUCUUCGAUUUCAUGGAUCGGGACACUCCAGGUAUCAUUGAUCCUCAUCAUAGGCGUCAUCUCGGGCCCCUUAUUCGACCUGGGCUACUUCUAUCCUAUCUUGGUCGCCUCUACUCUCACGCUCACUUUUUCACUCAUGAUGCUGAGUUUAGCAACACAAUACUACCAAGUCAUGCUGACUUGGGGUGUGUUGGGCGGUAUAUGCACGGGCUUCUUAUACAUCCCUAGCGUUGCCAUGAUCCCUUUGUACUUCACAUCUCGUCGUGGCCUUGCUCUUGGUUGUGCAACUGCGGGAGGAUCUUUCGGCGGCGUGAUCUAUCCCAUAGUUGUCCGCCGCUUAUUGGACGUCGCCGGCUUUGGAUGGGCUUGUCGUGCUAUUGCAUUCAUCGCACUCUUUACCCUCAGCGUCGCCACGGUCCUCCUCAAGCCAAGUGCUCAAGCCGCGAGGAAACCGACGAGGCAGCUUUUUGACAAGUCUAUCAUCAAAGACCGAGCUUUUGCUACUUUUACCGUAGCAUCAUUCUUCAUGUGGCUUGGCUUUCUGGUCCCUUACAUCCUGACGCCGUCGUUCUGUCUCGUGGGUCUCGAUCAUCCUGUCUCUGAGGAUAUCGCAUACUAUAUGCUAGCUGUUCCGAACGCUGCACAAAUGCUUGGGAGGAUCAUACCGGCAGCGCUUGUGGAUCACAAAUUUCUGGGGGCGGAAACUAUUCUUAUGUUUAACGCCGCAGUGACUGGAAUCUUGGCACUAUGCUGGAUUGCUGUUCACAACCUGGGCGGUUUCGCAGCCUUUCUCGUCCUUUACGGAUUCUUUUCCGGUGCUGUGACUACGCUUCCGGCAUUCAUUAUACCUUAUCUUUCCCCGUCUCUGGCAGUCAUUGGCACUCGGAUGGGAAUUGUAUAUGGUGCAGCGGGCUUUGGUGCUCUCAUUGGUGCUCCAGUGGGCCUGGCCGCAGAUGCCGCCUAUGGUGGCCAGCAUAAUCGUGCAUUUCUAGGUGCUCAAUUGUGGAAUGGCGUGACAAUCCUCUUUGCUUCUUGCCUUUGUGUCUAUCCUCUUUUUGAGGCACGAAAACGGAGACUUGCAAUCGCAGCAAAAGCCAAAACAGAGAAUGAAGUGACGGCUCAGGCUCCAUCGGCCAAACCCACCUAG